UCUGGAGGUAGCCUGUGGUUCCUCGCAUGUUAAAGCAGAUGCAAUUGGAACUGACUUCCCAGACUUCCCUCUGGAUGUAUGCCCAGGAGUGAGAUUCCUGGAUCAUAUGAAAACCAAAAUGAUCAAGAUGGGGUGAAAGGAGUAGAGCCAACUAUCUGCAGGCUCAGCACGGAGCUGCCGCAGAUGGUAGAGGAUGACAUCCCACGGCACUCAGUGGAGGAGUCCUAUUUGACUUACUCAGCUCUUCCUGACCUGUCAGACUCCUUCUGGCCUUAUAGGAGCACCGCCAUCUACUCAUUUGAGGGAUUGGAACUCUCUUAUGCUCGGGAUGUCACCAAAAAUCAUACUGUUCUUGAGGAAGAAGAGGAACAAGACCAAAUAUGUUCCAGCGCACCUGACCCCAGAAGCCUCAGUAGUGAGCAGCCGGUGGUAGAAGAGAAUGAAGGCCCACAGGACUCACUGGAUGAAUGUUAUUUGACCAGUUCUGUUGGCCAUGACCUGUCAGACUCCUGUAGGCCUGACAGAGGUGCCUCAUUCCCUUGGGACCAACAGGGAGUCUUCUCAGCGCUUGCUGUACAUGGUGACUCCUGGGAGGACCGUCGCCAAGGGCCUUUGAGUUUCCAAGGGUCAGAGAUGGAAGCUUCACAAGCACAACUGCAGACAAGCACCCAGGUGACCCAUCACCUGCAGCUGCAGCGGGACCAGCAGUUUGACUGUGGUGACGGCAACGCCAGGCUCGGCCUUCCCUCCACCGUGUGGGGCUUCACAGCCAACACUGACCAAGGGCUGCCCCUGCAAGAGCUGGGUUUGGAUGCUUCCAUCGGAAUGAAGAUCCCUCCCAAGGUGGAGGGCGAGGGCUCAGCUGCCAGCCAGCAUGAACGUCAAGUCUCUAGCAACAGUAAUGCCUCCAGUGUCCUGAAGCAGAAGAUUCUGCGAAGAAAACUGCUGCGCAGCAAGUGGAGAAUAGCAUGCAGGUUCCCUGGCCUUCAAGCGUAGGGGACAGAGCACCAGCCUCGGGCUCCCCCUUCAGCCCCUCCUCUCAAGAGGAUCCCAGCCUGCUCCUGACUCUUGUCACCAUGUGGUCAUCCCUCCAGGCUCAGCCGUCAGCAGAACCCAACGAAGACCCACAUUUGAUCCCUCUGUCUCUCUCUCUGUCCCUCUCUCUAUCUCUCCUAUGUCUCUCCAUCUCUCCCCUGUCUCUCUUUCACAGUUAACGCAUUAUUUUCGGUACUCUGAAAAGAUUUUGCCAAUUUGAAGAAACCACAUCAUCAAAUUUACCUUUCCCACUAGAUGUAAACUAUCUGCAACAGAAAAUCCGGUUAAAGUCCAAACUGAACACUGCAGGGAUGCUUUGCUGAGAAUCAACAUCACAAUCACCAGCCACAAUCCAUGAUUUUUACUCCAAAGGACUGAUUUGAUGGGAGAAAUCCCAGGCAUCAGUCCCCAAAUGUGACCCAGUGCUAAGUAGACCAGUGCUUUGCUGGAUGCACAGCUGUGAGAGACUUUAACGCUUGCUUCUGUGAAUUGCCAUCCUGCACACACUGGCAUCUGGAGCAGCUGGAAGAAGGCAACAUGUCAGCCUGGACAAUCUUUGCCACCAGAUGGGCUGUGCUCGGUGCAGGUGGCAUUAACCAUGCAGUGUCCGUGCUGAAAAGGUUUCGCUUGAGUUUCGUCAUGAGGUAGUUAUCAGACAACUGCAGAAUCUACACCACUGAACAGGACAACUGGCCUGUGUUUUUCAAACAGGCAAUGCCUCCACA